AAAAUAAACAGGAAGGAAACGAACGGUGUUGAUAAACCUGGUUCUCUCAUCCGAGUCGUCUUCUGUCUCCUCUUUCCUGCAGCGUCCGAUCCCUUCUCUUUCUCCUUCAAUCCCAGACAUCUCCUUCACUCGCGCCCUUUUACAAAUCCUCCGCUUCACAGGGUCUAUUUCUCAAAGCGAGGAUGGCAGCGGCUGAGCAACCAACGAGUCCAGGCGGAGGGAGCCACGAGAGCGGCGGUGACCAGAGCCCGCGAUCUAAUUCGAAUGUGCGGGAGCAGGACAGGUAUCUUCCAAUCGCUAAUAUAAGCAGGAUCAUGAAGAAGGCGCUCCCUGCCAACGGCAAGAUCGCGAAAGACUCCAAGGAGACCGUCCAGGAAUGUGUCUCCGAGUUCAUCAGCUUCAUCACCAGCGAAGCAAGUGAUAAGUGCCAGAGAGAGAAGAGGAAGACCAUUAAUGGUGAUGAUUUGCUCUGGGCGAUGGCCACAUUAGGGUUUGAGGAUUAUAUCGAACCGCUGAAGAUUUACCUCGGUCGAUACAGAGAGAUGGAGGGUGACACCAAGGGGUCUGCUAAGGGUGGAGAUGCAUCUGCAAAGAAGGAUGUUCAACCAAGUUCACUUUCCCAGAUUUCUCAUCAAAGGUCUUUCACACAAGGUGUUAGCUAUGCAAACUCUCAAUCACAGGCACAGCAUAUGAUGGUUCCAAUGCAAGGUACCGAGUAGAUAUAUGCUCCAUUUCUACCUCUUCCGUUCGAUUAUCCCAUUUCUGACCUGGUUUGGUACCAACAACAAUAGUGUGCAAAGCUUGAUCUAUUUGAGCACUGCUGUUUCCAAUGGCUGUGCCGUUGAAUCAUGUGUUAAUUAGUUUAUGGUGAGGUUGUAUAUUAUUAUUAAGGUGUUUUUCAGAGUAGAAGAGACCACCACAGGGCGUUAAAUUGUAAGUCCUGGGAGAAUUGUUUCUUAUGAUCUGUAGAGGGCAGAAAUGACUAAUUCUGUUAUUGAGUCAUCAGAAAACUAUUUAUGCUCUAACAUUUCUUCUCUCUUUUUUCUGAUGAAUGUCCUGUACACCAUAGAGGCGGAGGCUACUUUUUUCUUCUUUGCCAGAAAACUGAUUUGGAAAACUUAA